GAAAUUGUGUUCUGUGUUGUAUCGGCUAUUUUGGUUCUAGCCGGGUCUGCAUGCCUAGCGUCUGAGAUUCACAAAAAACAAGACCAGCAAGUCGCAGCCUGUGUGCUCGGUUUUACAGCGUUUGUUCUUCUGUUGGCGGAAUGUGCUUUCCUGUACCGUACAGCCAACUCUGUUUCUUUGUAAUUCUCUGUAUUUAGCAACUUUUAAUCAUGAAGUAUUUUUAUGAUGAUAUUUGGACUCCAUUAUGCUAAUCAAUACUUAAAACAUGCCAUUCAUGUCGCCUGAAAAACGACCAAACUGAUUGCAAAACACUUUAUUUGAGUUGAUGUAUCUUGUUCCUGUUUUACUUUUUUUAUUUGCUAUUACUAUUUCAUGUCAGUGCACUAUAGGCCUACUGCAUCAGUUUACAUGUAAAGUAACGUAGGUCUGUAAGCAAAGGUUACGCUAAUCUUUGUUGCCAAGUAAAUAUAGUUUAACCAUAUCCUAAAAUAUUGAUGUAAUAAUUUUGUAAUUAUUAGGUUUAAGUUGUGUUCCAUGUUCUGCCUGUAACCCCUUACUCGGAUGUUGGAUAAAGGUUCAGAGCCAUAUAUAUUUUGAGAAUGGCGCCCUCAUGAUGGAACCAGUGGCGUUUUGUAAGGCCUACACUUCGUAGUUGCUAAAUACCACGAUUUCAAGGAAGGUGUGGCUUCUUAGUGUGACGUCAUGAAUAAUUAUAAUAAUAAUGAAGCAGUAGUAGUCA